GCGCAAAAGAUUUCACGUAAGCUCAAUAACAGAAUGCUGUACAACGAGCAUUACAAAGAUGACAUGAUUUACAUCACACAAUUGACGCGUAAUGUUUUGUUUUCACUCGGAGUUUGGCCUUAUUACAACAGAAGAAGAUCUAUCAGGGAAAAAGUCUGGAAAUACUUUUUGAUCUCAAUCUCUUACACUCUUCUCUUCUGCGUCCUGAUUCCCGGUGCCCUCUUCUGGUUGAUUGAAAAGAGAACACGCGUCAGGCUCCAAACGAUUCCUCUACUUCUCUUUGGCUUUACGGCCAGUGGUAAAUACGGCAAUCUGAUAUUCCGUGAGAAGAGUAUCAGACGUUGUUUGAAGCACAUCGAAGAAGAUUAUAAAUUCGCAACCGUGAAGACACGGGACAUCAUGAUUGAAUCUGCGAAGAUCGGACGACGUUUGGUCACACUUUGCGCGAUCUUCAUGUACGGUAGCGGGCUCUCUUUUCGAUCGAUCCUGCCAUUUGCCAAGGGUAAAAUCGUCAAUUCACAAAACAUCACGAUCAAACCUCUACCUUGCCCAGGUUAUUUCUUUUCCUUCGAUGUACAAGUCAGCCCUGCUUACGAGCUAAUUUUCGUAUUACAAGUAUUAUCCGGGUUAGUCACUUAUUCGAUAACAACAGGUUUAUGUGGCCUAGCGGCAGUUUUCGUAAUGCAUGCCUGCGGUCAACUAAAGAUUCUAGUGAAUCUGAUGAGAAAUUUUGCCGAGGGACAAUGGCAAGAAAAACAGGAAGUGAACAGGAAAUUAGCUGUAAUGGUCGAACAUCAAAUAAGAAUUCGAAGGUAUCGACAUUUCAGUUUUUUGCAAUCGGUAGAAAAUACUCUACAACAAGCAUGUCUAAUAGAACUGACGGGUUGCACGGGAGUUGCCUGUCUUCUAGGAUAUUUUAUAAUAAUGGAAUGGGAAAAUAGCAAUUCGAUAGCUAUGUGCUCCUACUUUUCAGCACUUGUAUCAAUGAUGAUAAACAUGUUCAUGAUUUGUUACACUGGUGAACAACUUACCGUUCAGGUAAAAUUGUUCAUUUACUUUCCUAGCAGAUUUUAUUUUGCGAUAAUACAUGGUAAAAUUAUCAUUAUAAUGUUAUUUAUAGUAAUAAGAAUCAAACGAGCUUUUUACUUUAUACAAGACAAUAUUUCAAAACAAAUUGUUAGAAACAUUUCCAUAUUUUUUAAACUUUUUAAAUAUAUGAAUUUUUUUGCAGAGAAAGUAGCUAGAACAUCUUGCGUGCUGGAAUGGUAUCGUCUUCCAAGAAAGGAGACACGCGGAAUUGUGCUGGUGAUAAUCAUGUCAAAUAUGCCCACAAAACUUACCGCUGGGAGGAUUAUGGAUUUGUCAUUCAAGACAUACGGUGAUGUAGUAAAGACGGUCGUGACAUAUUUUAACAUGCUCUUGAGAAUAACAGAAUGAAUAUUUCUGGUUUAUAUCUCUUUCCUUUCAACAGAAUCAUAACUACGAAUGCAGUGGUAACAUUGUACUGUAUAUGCUCAUGAUAUAGAUGGGUCAAAUACAAAAGUUUGUAUAAUGUACAUAUAUCUAUGUACAUAUAUAUAUUUAUAAUGUAUAUACAGAUAUACAUAUAUAUGUAUAUAGGUAUAUGUAUAAGAAGUAUAUGUAUAUAAGAAUAUGUAAGAAAUUGUAUUGUUUUUGAAUAUAAUAAACUUCACAUUAAAUUAAAAAUCUAACAGAAAACAGAUAAAUCAGUUAUCUAAUUAGAUAUUUAACUUUUUAUAAAUUUAUAUAAAUUGUAUCUUUUCACAAGAUAAAUGAGAAUACGUAAUAGAAAAUAAAAAAAAAAAA